UCACAACUGCGGGCAAGUAAACGAGUAGAUCUCCGCUCCACGGGCAAAAGGGAAAUUCCAGAAAGGACGCACACGGCGCAGCGCCACCACGUCAAUCUCCCCCUCUUGGCGCGCUUGCGCCAUCUCGUCUUUCUAGAUGCCCAGUCCAGAUUCCAGAAGUACUACAGCAGCAGUCAAACCGCGGCACACAAGCAGUGCCAACAGUAAUCACGACAAACUGGGGGUUCACUCACGUAAAGGUGAUUAGCGCGUAAUCGUACCAGACAGAGCCCGCGGACCGCGGUUCCCGUGGGCGAUGACGCCCUUCGCUUAUCCCUCCCGCCUCCGCAGCACCGUCCCUUCCAGAAACACAGAGGAGACCUCGUCGCUCACGCUGUCCAGCUGCUAUAUAAACGGGCACGUCCCCGGCCAUUCGGCGCCACGAUUGCAGAGCCAGAGCGAGACGCGACUGCUUUUCUGCUUCAUCCACAUUGGUAGCUAGCUAGCUUACACGUUCACGCAUCGCUUUCCGGGCCGUCUCCGGUGGUUUAGCUCAGCAGAGCGGGGAAGGAAGAAGAUGACCUCCGUGAGCGCGAGGCCCGUUGGCGUGGGGUACUGCUUCGGCGGGGCGAGGUGCCAGCCACGGUCGCGGGUGCGGGUUUCGGCCGCGGCCUCGGCAGUGGCCGCGCCCGCGCCCGCGAUGGCGGCGACGAUGUACGAGCUGCUCGCCGUCGAGGAGACGGCGGGGCCCGACGAGAUCAAGGCGGCGUACCGGCGCGCCGCGCGGCGGUGGCACCCGGACGCGUGCCCCGGCGGCGCCGACCGCUUCAUGGCGGCGCGGGAGGCCUACGAGGUGCUGUCCGACCCCGAGCGCAGGCGCGGCUACGACAUCCAGCUCCGCUGCGGCGCCCACUUCGGCGACGCCGGGUACCGCGCGGCACGCCGCGCCGGGUUCGCCGACUGGGAGGCGCAGCUGACCGGGCUGCAGUGGCGCGCGGCGGGGCGGCGCGGGCGCGCCGGCGGGGAGACUUGGGGCAGCAGGAUGCGCCAGGCGGCCGCGCAGCCGUCCUUGUAGCGGCGUCGCCGGUGGCUGGCCUUUGAUAGUUCAUACUUCGUAGUACUAGUGUACUACCCUACCUUCCCCUUUCCUCUUCGACAAUCGAAUGGCCCGAGAAGCUGUAAUUGCGCUGUUCUGCAGCGUUUUCUCUUGCCAACACGUCAUCCUCGUCGCACUGUUCGGAGUGCAGACGAGCUUGAAGUCUAGAAGCAGUAGACAUUUUCCCCCCCUUUGAAGUGUAGUACUGUCAACUUUUAGUUCCCACUCGGUUACAUACGGUUCGAAUCCUAUCUCAGCAUUGUUUUGCAACUA